AUGGUGAAGUUGACAAUCGGUAGCAUUGGUGACUCUUUUAGCGCAGGUUCAGUCAAGUCUUACUUGGCUGAGUUCAUUGCCACCCUUCUUUUCGUGUUUGCGGGUGUCGGGUCAGCUAUUGCUUAUGGUAAGCUCACAGCAGAUGCAGCACUAGACCCCGCAGGAUUAGUUGCAGUGGCAAUAGCCCAUGCAUUUGCACUCUUUGUUGGGGUUUCAAUAGCAGCCAACAUCUCCGGAGGCCAUUUGAAUCCAGCUGUCACCUUCGGAUUGGCUAUUGGUGGUAACAUCACCAUCAUAACCGGUUUAUUUUAUUGGAUUGCCCAACUUCUUGGAUCCAUCGUCGCAUGUUUCCUCCUACAAUUUGUCACCGGUGGCCUGGCCGUUCCAACCCACGGAGUUGCUAGUGGGAUGAGCAGUAUUCAAGGAGUUGUGUUUGAGAUCAUCAUAACUUUUGCUCUUGUCUACACAGUCUAUGCAACCGCUGCUGACCCUAAAAAAGGAUCACUCGGAACCAUUGCACCCAUCGCAAUCGGUUUCAUUGUUGGAGCCAACAUUUUGGCUGCUGGAGCUUUCAGCGGUGGCUCAAUGAACCCAGCUCGAUCAUUCGGCCCUGCGGUCGUUAGUGGUGACUUUUCACAAAACUGGAUUUACUGGGUCGGCCCACUUAUCGGUGGUGGGUUGGCUGGAUUAAUCUAUGGUGAUGUUUUCAUUGGAUCGUACGAGGCACUUCCAGCCUCAGGAGACUAUGCUUAAGUCCUUUUAUUUUUUUAUUUUCGUUUUGUAUUUCAUCUUUUUUGCUUAAUGGUCGAGGAUUUAACAUCCUUAUUGUUUGAGUGAAAACUUAAGAAUUGUAAAAUAAUUUUCUUUACACCGGAAUACAUACAAUCUGAAACUUGUAAUCAUUUCAUUUGGUGUGUUCCUUUGGAAAAAUUCAUUCUUGUAACUUAUGUAACAAAGCAAAUUAAGAAUACAUAGGAUGGUGAUAAGGAUUCCAAGAUGUUAGAGGAGACACUGAUGAUGAUCACAAAUGCGAUGUGGUGGUAGUGGUUGAUGCCAAACAUAUGAAAACAUUAAUUCUUAGUGAG